AUAUGUGAUCCCGCUAGUCGGUUUCAUCCUCACAAAAACUUCAAUGCUAGUUUAAAACACGGAAAGCUAUCACACGCUCUCUCAUUACCCCUCCGACCGACCGAGAAACAGGACACAGGUGCUACGUUUCCCAAGAGGCACUUCAAAGAGACACACGCGCUCGCCUAUGGAGUUUACUCAGGAAUACACCGCCGAGGAGGCGGCCAACAUCGAGCGGGAAUUCAGUCGCUUGAAAGGCAAACACUACAUGGAUCACGCCGGAGCGACACUUUACGCGGAAUCUCAGAUUCGUGCCGUGCAGGCCACGCUGGUGGGCAACCUCUUCUGCAAUCCCCACACAAGUCGCCUCACCGGAGAGUUGAUGGAUCAGGUCCGUCAGCGAGUGCUGCGGUUCUUCAACACCAACGCCUCGGAGUACAGUUUGGUGUUCACGUCGGGUGCCACCGCUGGGUUGAAGCUGGUGGCGGAAAGCUUCACCUUCCGGCGGGAGGACGACCCCGAAGGGGACGAAGGAGCGUUUGUUUUUUUGCGCGAUAAUCACACCUCGGUUCUAGGGAUGCGUGCCAUCGUCGGUACGGGCCGCAUUCAUCCCCUCGAGCGGGAUGACUUCCUGCGGCACGCGAGGGUUUCCGGGAGGUCUGCCGGAGUAAAACCAUCGCUUUUGGUAUUCCCGGCGCAGAAUAACUUCAAUGCGGCGAAAUAUCCGUUGGAUCUGAUCGAGGAGGUCCGGCUGAACGGUUUGCUCGGGUACGAUGACGAGCGAUUCCACGUGUGCUUGGAUGCGGCUAGCUACGUGUCGACAAAUUACCUUGAUCUGCGCCGAUACCGGCCGGAUUUUGUGUGUAUUUCGUUCUACAAAAUUUUCGGCUACCCAACCGGUCUGGGGGCACUCCUCAUUCGACACGGUUCCGAGCAGCUGCUCCAGAAGAAAUACUACGGCGGGGGUACGAUCAAGAUCCUUCUGAGCGGACAGAACCUGCACAUGAAGCACGACUCGCUGGUCGAACGGUUCGAGGACGGUACCCAACCGUUUCUCUCGAUCAUAUCGUUGCUGGAGGGUUUGAACACAAUCCAGCGCUUGAUUCCUCUUGCCAACGGUUAUCGUACGAUGGAACGGGUCUCGUUGCAUGUGUUCAACUUGGCCAAAUACUGCUACCGGAGGCUGGGCACCUUGGUGCACGCAAACGGGGCGACGGCGAUUCGGUUCUAUAUGGAUUCGCGUUUCGAAACCCGUGAUCGUCAGGGUGGUAUCGUCAACUUCAACGUACUCCGAGACGACGGGAGUUACGUUGGGUUCACCGAGUUCGCACAAGUGGCGCUUACCCACGGGAUUUAUUUGCGAACCGGAUGCUUCUGCAACGCUGGGACCUGCCAGCGGCAGCUUGGUUUGACCGAUGACGAGGUGUUGAUGUUCUUCAAGAUGGGCAAAGUAUGCGGCGACGAUACGGAUAUGAUCGAGGGACAACCCACGGGAACGGUACGAGCAUCGUUUGGCUAUAUGAACAAACCGCAGGACGUUGAUCGUCUGGUGGAGAUGAUCAACAAAUGUUUCGUGAGAAGUCGUAACAUAUACUCAACGCCGCGUGUGAAGACGAUCUACCUGCAUCCCGUGCGCUCGUGUGGUGCCUUUGUUGUCAGCACACUUUGGCCACUGAUCUCCGAAGGUGGUUUGAAAUACGAUCGAGAGUUCUCGAUCGUGGAUGGCGGCGGUAAUCCACUGCGUAUCGCUACACCGAAAAUUCAUCCCAGGAUCGAUCCUAAAAGUAACACCCUCAUACUAUCCCAUUCGGGGAUGCACGAUCUGGAAUUGGAUCUGAAUACGGUACGCCCUGAGCCGGGUGAUACAUCGCCAGCAGUUGAUUGCGGAGAACUGCCAGCACUCUGGCUCAGCAUGGCUCUUGGGAUACCAAAACUACGUUUAGUACGUCACCUCAACGGCAAUAUGAAGCUGCUUCUGAUCAACCUAGACGCCCUGAAAGAUCUCUGCGACGAAGACGUCGCCGAUGAUGAACUGACCAAAGCUUGGCUGGUGGAGCAUCUGCAAGGGAACUUGAUCAUCGACUGGCGCAGUCAGUCCAAAAUGGAAACAUGGAAAGGAAUAACGAUCGGCGAGCACAGGUUCAAGGUGACUGGUAUGUGCACGAGAUUUCCGACCAUUAACAUGAGCCCCAUGAACGAUACUGUGCCCAAGCAAUCCCUGAAAAUCAUAGCCAGAAUGUUCACCAAGAAAGCGAGUCCUAUGGGUGUCUAUCUGACGCACGUAUGGCAUGAUAAAUCUAACCGGGCGUUGGAAUGCGACACAGAGGUUGAAAUUUCGACAGAACCCCACGACCCGAAGGGCGUCGUAAUGAUCACACAAUAUACCUCCAAAUGUGAGCUUCGAUAGGUAAUAUCGGUUCCUAAAAACCGCAACGAAUCGUAACACACAAACUAGCAACCAGCCGCUAAUUGUAACCUCUGAUAAACAGAGUGUUUUGCAAUUAUGUAUGAUAACAAAGCGGCCACUCAACUGGUUCCCAUUGUUAGGAGAAAGUUUCGCACCAAUCAUCACUCGCUCGCCUGCCUCCCUCCCUCCCUCGCGUUAAAUAAAGAAAGUCAACGGCUAGCGCAGCAUUAUUAGCAUCAAGCAAACAAAACGACCAGCACCCGGCCCGUAUGAAAACAACGAUUAUUUCCAUAUGCAAUCAUCUUCAAACAGUUUAAUUACCUGUGCCUAGAGGCAGUUGGUAGGUAAAUGCAGCGAAAAACAGCAGGUUUUAAUAGGUGUCGCAACAGGGCGAAACGGAACGGAACGGCAACGCCGAUAAAAAGAAGGGAAUGUUUA